AUGGACAUUCCUUUUGAAUACAAAACUUUCGAGUACGAUGCGCUUCCAUCAUCAACCUGCAUCCGCCUCCUCUGGCCAAUAAAGCGACUUCAAGACCCGGAACAACGUUCUAUCAACGGCGUCCCCUUGAUGGAAUUCCUGCUUGAACCAUCAGAACCUGACAGAUGUCCUCUUUAUCAUGCGCUAUCUUACACUUGGGGAAACCCGAAGGAGGCCCUAACCGGAUCAUCAGAUGAAUAUUCUGUCCAGCAUAAGCACGUCAUAGCUGUCAAUGGCCGCUUGUUUUACGUUGGAAAGAAUCUUUACGAAGCCUUGUAUAGAAUUCAAGAGCGCAUUGUAGCACCAAACAACAUUGAUGACCGAUUUGGUAUUUACAACAAGACGAAGCUCAUACAAGCUGCCGAGGAAGGGAACUUACACCAGGUCACGGAAUGCCUUAAUCAAGGUGCCAAUUACCAAUGUCAGGAUAAUUUCGGCGAGACGGCUUUACAUUAUGCUGCAGAGAAUGGAUAUCCAGAAAUCGUCAGGCUUCUUCUUGUCCAAGGUGCAAACGCAACCACUCUGGAUCGAUCCAGACGCGACCCACUAGCCUGUUGUUUGCAACGGAAGCGCCGCCGAUGGCAAGAAACCGCCGAAAUACUGCGCACUUGGGAUAACCAGGACAAAGAUGGAUCUAAUCCAACAAAGCCUAUGACUCUGACAGGACAGCCUCUCUGGAUCGAUGCAAUAUGUAUCAACCAGGACGACAUUCCAGAGCGUAAUAGCCAAGUUGUAAUGAUGUCGCAGAUCUACGGGUCGGCACACUGUGUCUUGGCGUGGCUAGGAGAGGAAGAUGAUACGACUCAGGCGGCUUGCAAUUUCUUAUCGUCUGAACUCGCUUCCCCAGAAAGUUACACAAAGUCCUUCAGACGGUGGUCUGCCUAUCACAGAGGGGAAAGUCUUGACUUGGAUGAGAAGCCUGAUGGUAUCGUCAUGUCUGUUAGGGAGUUGCUAGCCAUAAAAAGCCUGCUCACCCGUACGUGGUUUUCUCGGACAUGGGUGAUUCAAGAAGUAUCACUUGCCAAACAGAUCGAUCUGAUGUGCGGACCGUUUCAAUUCAGCUGGGUGAAACUGUUUUUUCUCCUGUUUGGGCGGUUCGGCGACAUCAGAGCCAGUCGUUUCCUGGGCUACGGUGGGCCAGCCAUUAAAUUUGAAAGAGCUGUACCAGGCACAGAAGUCCUUUCCCUUUUUGAUAUCAGAAUUCGAACUAGACCUGAUUGUAGAGAGGCAAAAUCAAGAAGAGAGUGGUUACUCGAGCAGCCUACCUCACACUCGCUAUACCAACAAAAGCUGAGCCUUCCUGCGCUGAUUGUCCUUACCUGGAACUUCGCUGUAUCCGAUCCGCGGGAUAGGAUAUUCGCAUUGCUAGGCAUUUCGCAGCCUUUGAAAGGCAUGUGGGCGGACUAUUCCAAGUCAGUUACUGAGGUUUUCACUGAUAUGGCUAAAAUCCUUAUUCAAGCAGAAGGAGAUGAUAGUGUUCAGAAUUGGACCCAGACGGUAAUGGAUGAUUUGGAACCGUUAGAAUCACUGUCGUUUGUUCAGCCACCUUCCUCUUUCUUAUUUCAAUCCUCUACAAUUUCGCUAAAUAAGCCCAAACAUGACCGCCCUACGACUCUCCCAUCAUGGGUUCCGAUGUUCAAUCUGCAAUUAGUUUCCUGGAGAAUCUACAACAAGAAAUACAAUGCUUCACGGGAUCGUCAGGCUACAUUUUAUCCAUCCCAACCGGAAAUGCUAAAGCUUGAUGGUUUGGUAGUCGACACGGUUGUUGAGUUAGAGGAACCGCCAUUGAUGACAUUUUAUGAACGUCUGAUAGACGAUAAUGCAAUAGAAAAAUGGUUGGGAAUCGUAUCGCGUAUCUCCGUUGUUUACCCCACUGGAGAAAGUCGCGUCGAAGCACUGUGGCGAACUCUCGUGCAAGAGAAACAAGACUAUGAAAAGUCAGAAGCGUCGAAGGCGUUCUUCAAGGUCAUUUUGCUUGAAUGCAUGGUCGAACAUCGGCGAAGGAGCUCUAGUGACCGUCAUUUGUCGCUAUGCCAGGUCUUGGAAGGGUUGCGGAGAGGAGACUCAACCAAUAUGCUUCCAUCAGCCUUGGAUGUGAUAACCAGCAACCAAGGUCUCAAUGAUAAGAGCGAGGACGGGUUCAGAAGGUUUCUGGAUCUACCCGAGCAAGAGUUCAGAUUUGGUAUGUUUAAUUAUCUUACAGAGCGGUGUCUGCUGAGAACAGAAGGAGGCUACUUGGGGAUAUCAUCAAAGGAGGCUAAGCCGAAAGAUUGUGUGGUCCUACUGGCAGGCGGCCGAACACCAUAUAUUCUUCGCCCAAUUGGCGUGAAUGAGUUUAUGUUUAUAGGCGAGGCUUAUAUUCAUGGAAUGAUGUUUGGGGAAAGCCUCAGAGGACAGGAGCGUGAUUUUAAUACUAUUAAGAUUAAGUAG